UGGACAGUGAUAGCUGGGGAGCGGCGAAUCGAAGUGGCGGCUAGGGUUUUACGACCCCUCUCUCUCUCACUGCCUCUUGCACUGCUACUCCACACACCUCCUCGUCUUCCACCUCCGCCUCUAAACCCUAGGCUACCUCUCGUCUCGAUUCGAUUCGCCCAUCCAUGGCGGUAUCGUCGCCGGUGGAGUUGUUCUAGGUUGCUGUUUGAAGGGUUGGAUUGGUGUUCCGGUGAUUUGCGUUGGAGUUGAGGCGGGGACAGGGACACGAUGGGCACGAAGAACCAGUUCGAUCUCCUCGUCGACGUCGACAACGAAGACCCCUCGUACCUUAUCGCCGCUGCUGAGAAGAAGGCGGCAGCGUCGCCCAAGCCGGCGCUCGCCGCCCCGGCCAAGCUGCCCAUCAAGCCGCCGCCGCCCGCGCAGGCUGUAAGGGAGUCCAGUAACUAUGGUGCUCCAGCUCGCGAUGGGGCAGGGCGUGGUGGACUAGGACGUAGCAGAGGUGGCUUCCGUGGAGGCAGGAUGGGCCCAAGGCGUGAAUUUGGCGAGGGUGAUACUAAUGGUUAUGAGGGAGGGUACGGUGGAGGCAGGUUUGAAGAUGGUGGUGUUCUGCGGAGGGAGGACGGUGAAGGUAAGGCUUCCGAGAGGGGCCGUGGACCACGUCAGCCUUACCGUGGUGGUGGCCGUCGUGGUGGCUUCACUGAUGGGGAGGCUGGAGAUGAGUCUAGUCGCCCCCCUCGCCGGGCUUAUGAGCGCCAUAGUGGCACAGGCCGAGGAUAUGAGAUGAAACGUGAGGGAUCUGGUCGUGGCAACUGGGGGAUUGUGACUGAUGAAGCCCUUGCACAGGAAACAGUAGAAGUUGUUAAUACUGUGGGUACUCCUGCUGUGACUGGGGAUGAGAACAAGCUGGAGGAGGUACCCCAGUCUGAGGUUGAGAAGGAGAAGGAGGGUGAACCGAAUGAAGAGGAGUCUGAAGAUAAGGAGAUGACUUUGGAAGAAUAUGAGAAACUAUUGGAGGAGAAGAGGAAGGCUGUACUUGCACUGAAGACUGAAGAGAGAAAGGUUGAGGUAGACAGGGAGUUGCAGUCCAUGCAGCAACUUUCAGUGAGAAAGGGUACCGAUGAGGUUUUCAUCAAGCUGGGUUCUGACAAAGACAAAAAGAAAGAAAAUGCUGAAAGGGAUGAGCGUGCCAAGAAGUCUGUUAGCAUCAAUGAUUUCCUGAAGCCAGCAGAGGGAGAAAGGUACUACAGCCCUGGUGGUCGCGGUCGUGGCAGAGGUCGUGGUGACCGUGGAGGAUUCCGUGGUGGAUAUAGCUCUCGCGAACCAGCACAUGCGCCAGCGCCAGCAAUUCAAGAUCAAGCUCAGUUUCCCACAUUAGCUGGGAAGUGAUCGCGGAACCUGCCAUGAACCCCAUUUCAUAUAUUCUGGGAUUUGCUUAAAACUCGUGUCACGCUGUACUGUUGGGUUCGGUAUCUACCACCGCGUCAUGUCUCGCGCGUAUAUCUGAGCCAGAUGUCUGUGCCUUUGUGGUCACAGGUAAGCUUAUAUUUCCUUUUUUUUCUCCAUAGGAUGUCUGCAUGUUCGUGUGCUACUCUUAGUUAUAAGAUUUGGCUCAGCGCUGGUUCAGCCAGGUCUUAUGUGGCCAUCGUAUUCUUCAAGCAACCACAUAGUGGGUAAUCUUCUGUCAUUA